AUGGAGGAGGAGCUCGAGUGGCGCACGGACCAUGCGCUCGUUGGCGCUCGCGUAGCUCGCUCUCACGAAGGCCAAGACGGCGAGCUCGCCAGCAGCAUCGCGGUGGUCGUCGGCUGGUUAUCCGCCAAAGAGUCAGACUUUGUCGACGGCGACGGCAAGGCCGCCCCGCUGUUCCGCAACGUGGCGGAGGAGGACGAGAUCCUCGAGGGACUCGAGGACGAGCGCGUGGAGGCCCUGCGGCGCGAGGUGAAAGCGGAGCUCUGCGGGCGCGAGGCCGACGCUCACUAUUCCGCCGACGCCGACAUCGAGGAGGAGAUGCGUGCGUGGCACGCCGCGCAGCACGCUGCGCUCGACGCGCGUGCGCGGCGCCGCGCGAAGCUCGGCGAGCGGCUCGUUCGCGCGGGUGUCGACGUGCACGCGGUGCACAAGGAUGACGCGGAGCUCAAAGCUCUCAAGGCGCGCCGCGCGACAGCGGAUGAGAAGGUCGCGGCGCGGAAGGCGAAGCGCUCCGCGGAGAAGGCGCUCGAGGAGUCCAACCCGACGUCGAUCGUGCGCGGCCAGCGCACUUGCGCAAACGCGGGCGCCAACGGUUUCGCGCCCGCGCACGGCGGGCGCGCAUACGCGGCGACGACGCCUGCGGAGGCCGCCGCGCUCGCCGAGCAGCUCGGGGUAGACGGCGCACACGAGAUCGACGAGAUCGCCGACGUGGCCGCGGAGAUGGACGCGGGCGACGCGAACGCGGCAGCGCUUGCAGCCGCACUUGCGGCGGAGGAGGCUCGCGGUCUCACCGACGCGCAAGCCGCGCGCGUGCGCGCGGUCCUCGCAGAGGACGACGACGCGCCGUGCCGCGCCGCACGCAAGCGCGCGCGCCGCCGCGAGUCGGAGAAGCCCCGAGCGUCGCCGGGCGAGGGCGCAUCUGCAAAGAAGAAGGAGGGCGGAGCCAAGCCGGCAGGCGCUUCGGGCAUCACCUCAUACUUCAAGCGUGCCCCCCCGAGCGGGGCCAAGGCGCCGACGCCGAGGACGACUCAGCUCGAGAAGCAGCGCCGCCGGCGCCUUGAGGCCGACGCCGAGGCCGCCUCGAAGGCCCGGGCCGAGGGCGACGGCGACGGCGGCGAGACGCUGCUCAACCCGCACGGCGCGGCCGCGGGCGACGCACCGUUGCGCAUCGCAGCGCCGCUCGCUACCGCCCUCAAGCCGCAUCAGCUCGAGGGGUGUCGUUUCCUCUUUGACAACAUCGUCACGAGCCUCGGCGCGCUCGCGGCAGGCGACGGCGGGCUGGGCGCGGUGCUCGCGCAUUCGAUGGGGCUCGGCAAGUCGCUGCAGGUCGUCGCGCUGCUCCACACGCUCCUGCACGCGCCCGGUGGCGGAAGCUCCGCAGGCGGCGGUGGAGGCGCGGCCGGGCAGGUGCGCACGGCCGCGUCGGCGGGCGGUGCGUCAGCGCGCGCGGAUGGGCGUUGGCGCGCGUUGCUCGUCGUGCCGGUGACGGUGCUCCCGAAUUGGGAGACGGAGCUACGCAAAUGGACGCCCGCGUGGGGCGAUCGGCUGCGCGUCGCUUCGCUCGACGGGAAGCACGCGGCCUCGGCGAAGGACCGCGCGCAGCUCGUGCGUGCGUGGGCGCGCGGCGCGCACGACGUGCUGCUCGUGGGGUACGAGCAGCUUCGCGCGGCGGCGCAGCUAUUGCGCGACCUGCUCAACCCCGGGCCCGACCUUGUCGUGUGCGACGAGGCGCACGUGCUCAAGAACGCGAACGCGGGCGCGACGAAGGUGCUCAAAGCGAUGGCGACGCGGCGGCGGAUCGCGCUUACCGGCACGCCGAUGCAGAACUCGCUCCUCGAGUACUACGCGAUGGUCGACUUCCGCAGGAUGUACCGGAGGCUGCUGCAGUGGCUCCAGAGCGCACGCGACGCCGACGCGAGCGGCGGCGCGGGCGGGCUCUUCAAGGUCUUUCAGAUCGGCAGGCGCGUCUGGGCGCACCCGAGCGUGCUGCCCAUCGCCGAUGGAGACGCGGCGCUGGACGGCGCGGGCGAGGGCAGCGUGGAGAGCCCCGAGGAGGCCGGCGCCGCGGCCAACGUCGAGACGGGUGGCGUCGACGGCUCGGGCACGGCGACGCGACUCGCGACGGACGAGGUCGUCGAUGAGUCGGCGCUCGUGCGCGACGGACAGGCCGACGACGCGGUCGCCCCGCUGCUGCGGAUGGUCGAGGCCGAGCACGACGAUGCGUCUGCGCUCGCGCUCUCGGGCAAGAUGGUGCUAGCGCUCGGCAUCGUCGAGCGCGCGGCCGCGCGCGGCGAACGUUCGCUCGUCUUCUCAUCCUCGCUCGGCACGCUCGAUUUCGUGGAGGGCUCGCUCCGCUCACGGCUCGGCUGGCGGCGCGACCGCGAGUACUUCGUCAUCAAAGGCUCCUGCAACUUGCGCGCGCGUGCGCAGGCGAUCGCGGCCUUCAACGGCGACCGGCAGGCGAGGGCAAAGUGCUUCCUGCUCUCCACCGGUGCGGGCGCUCUCGGCGUGAAUUUGGUCGGCGCGAACCACGUCGUGCUGAUGGACGUGUCGUUCAACCCGGCGGUGGACGCGCAGGCUGUGUGCCGCGCGUUCCGGUACGGGCAGACGCGUGCUGUGCACGUGUAUCGACUCAUCGCCGCGCAGACGAUGGAGGCGAAGAUCUACAAGCGGCAGUCCAUCCUCGCCGAGCUACUCGGCAUGGGCACGGGCACGCCGCUCGACGCGACGCAGCCCGCCUUCUGGGUGCGAGAGCGCCACCUGCACGAGCCGCUCAUGGAGGAGUGCGCGGAGGAGAAGCUCUCCCCUGCGGAGGCCGCGCUUGCGGAGUGGGAGGAGCAGACCGGCGCAGCCGCGGUGCGCCGCGUCGGCAAGUGGCAGCAGUACCGCACGAGCGCGGGUGGCGACGCGUGGGUCGACGUCGAGACACAUACGCGCCACGACGCGAUGCCCGAGGAGGUCGGGCAGAGCCUUAAGAUCAGCACAACAUCGGGGCUAAUGACAAUCCCUGUGCCCAGUGGCACUGUCCUCACCCCCGGCCUCUCGCUCAACGUCCAGCUUCCCCCGGGCGUCCACUUCCUGCCGCCGGCGCCGCCAUGA